UGGAGUCCAUGUUCUCAGCAAUGUGUGACUGCCAGGCGCUGCACCCUGACCCAGAGGAUGAUGACUCGGACAACGACUUCGAAGGAGAAGAGUAUGAUGUGGAGGAGGCCGAGGCAGAGCACGGACAUGCUGACAUCCCGACCUUCUACACCUGCGAUGAGGGUCUGUCUGCGCUCACGCAGGAGGGCCAGGCCACGCUGGAGAGACUGGAAGGGAUGUUGGCCCAGUCAGUCGCUCAGCAGUGCCACAUGGCCGGGGUCCGAACCGAAGAAACCAACGCCGAAUUUGAAGACGGUAUGGAGGUGGACGCAGCAGCCAUGGAGGCCGGUCAGUUUGAGGAUGCAGACGUCGAGCACUGAUGGAUCUCACUGGCCAAAUAAAGAGUUGCAUCAUGGGAUUGGAGAAGAGAACAGCAGCACUUCUUUAAGGCUCUCAGCUCUGACUUGUACACGCUUGUCAAACAAACCUGUUUCCCGUGUAAGUCAUUUCACUAGGCUUUUGUAGCUUCCUACAUAUCUCUAUGUGCUGCAUUGGUGCUCACAUGUUGCUUUGUAUUGCUGUUUUUCAGCUCACCUUCAUAUGUACUAAUUUGUCAUAUGAAUAACGUACAUUGUAUACAGCUAAGUCAGCUAAUGUAGACUAUUGAGAUGCUGCCCCAAAUGCCCAGAUCCUUUUGUCAACUGUAAAAUAAAAAUACUGAGUUUCUGUUUGUACUUAACGACCUGUUUAAUAUCUGACUUUCCUGUCAAGGAGAGUUCAUGUCUUUGUAUGAAAUUGUCAAUAAAUGCAUAGUUUUUGUAA